GUGAAAGAUUGUGAGGAAAAGAGCGAAGUGGGAGUUGCACGUAACAGAUAAUGGAUAACUAAGAAUCGAUAUUAGUAAACAGGUUCGUCGAAGACAUACAGUCGGCGUUGUUUGGUAGAUUUGACUGCUACAAUUACUAUCUUUCCAUAACACUGUCGUGCUCCUUGGAGAAGCCAGUAGUAUUACUACCCACACUCUCUCUCUCUCUCUCUCUCUUUCUCUCUUUCUUUUUCUCUCUCCACUGGUUGCACACAACACGCAACAAACAUACCUGCUAUUUCUUUGAAGUUCCUACGAAGACAAGGUAGGACUAAACGUAUGUUGUCGUCUGUCGGGUUUUUUUAAAAACACUUUCACUCGUAAAAUAUCAACAUAUAAGAGGAGUGCCGUCGAAAGGCACACCAACUUAUAAAAGAUGACCAGUACUCCAGCUGUGACUCUGUCACUACUCGUGUUCUGCCUUGCUGUGACAGCCAUUUCUGGAAAUGUCAGAAAAGUGAAGCUGUUGAUGCCCAAUGUACAACCCACAGUCGUUGAUACGUAUUUAUGUCUCUCCUUGAAGGCAAAUACUACGGCAAGCUACAUAAUUGGUUUCCAGCCCCAUGCCAAUAUGGCAACUGCUCACCAUCUUCUCUUGUAUGGUUGUGGUUUACCGGGUAAAGACACCAAAAUCUGGAACUGUGGAGAAAUGGGACCUAGUGUUUCUCGACACUAUGCAACUGGUCCAACAUGUCGUACAAAUCCUUCAAUUUUGUACGCCUGGGCAAUGGAUGCACCAAGUCUAAAACUUCCCAAAGAUGUUGGAUUCAAAGUCGGUGGCAGUUCCAAUGUGCAACAUCUUGUCCUGCAGAUUCACUAUAAGAAUGUGGACAAAUUCCUCCCACCUAAAAACGAAACCGAUUCAUCAGGAUUGACACUCACAGUUACAGAUGGACCAAUUAGACGAAGGGCUGGAGUAUAUCUUCUAGGAACAGGUGGUGUGAUUCCCAGGCGUUCUUCAAUAUAUCUUGAGACUGCUUGCCUCUAUAAUGAGAACAUAGUUCUUCACCCUUUCAGUUAUCGGACACACACUCACUCGCACGGUAAAGUGGUAUCCGGUUAUCUAAUUCACAAUGGGAAAUGGCAUGAACUUGGACGCAAAAACCCACAAAAACCCCAGAUGUUUUACAACACAACAACUUCAGGUCUGGAGAUUAGGAGAGGUGACAUCCUUGCUGCUCGCUGUACCAUGGUCAAUAACGAUAGUCAUGAUAUCUUUAUUGGAUCAACCCAAAAUAAUGAGAUGUGCAAUUUCUACAUGAUGUACUACGUUGAAGGUGCCAAUAUUCCAGACGAUAAUUACUGCAUGUCACCAGGUCCAUUGCGCUGGUCUUGGAGGAAUUUCUAUUUCCAGCGACGCUUCAAGAUGUCGAAUGCUCCAGACACGAUAAGUGUUGAACCAGAAUCAGGCACGUAUUAUGCUCAAGAGAUUUUGCAGAACGAAAAGGAAAACAAUGCUGAUGGUGGCGAGGGUGAGGUGGAGGACGUGGAAAAAGAGAAAGGAGAAGAUGAGGAAAUGCAGAAUGACGAACAGAUGAGUGAAAUGAGCAACUUGUUGAAUCUGCUGCGUGAAGAGGAAGAGAAAGAAGAGGAGGAGGAGAUAAAGCGAAGAAUUCAAAGAUACGAGGAUCUGAUGACCAAGUAAAUUGCUAAAUCAAAAGAGGAAGCACACACACACACACACACACACACAUGAACACACACGAACACACACACACAUUCAUGAACACAAAUAAAAAACAAAAACAGGGAAGUCCCACUAUUACUUGUUAUGGUUGUGUUAUACUACUACUAUUCCUACUGUAACUACUACUACUACUACUACUACUACAGCUAAUAAUAAUAAUGAUAAUAACAUUAAUAAUAAUAAUAAUAAUAAUUCAACAAACAUACAAAAUAGGGUGAAAAAAUGUGUAGUUAUCAGACAUUCUAUUUUUCCUGACAUUUCUUUUUUCUUAAGGUUUCAUGCAUAUGCACACAUGUACACAUACACAUGCAGACACAAACACACACAUAUAUGUAUGUGUAUAUAUAUAUAUACAUUGGUUUGUUGAAUACUCAAAUAAAACUGUAUUAAUUGAUUAAAUUUUAUUUCAUCUGCU